GGUAACGUUCAGCAUCACUGCCUGAACACGCCUACAGCUGCUGCUAGCAACUGCCCUGUUGAUAUUAGCGUUAGCUAGGGAUAGAGAUGUCUGCACCAUGGACCUCCCCGAGCCCAUAAGAAGACGUCUGGGAGAUUUUUCAAGAACUGUUUUUGUGGAUCCGACUCAUUCCCGACUUUCGCCUGAGGAUCAUGUCACAUUUCUUAAUCAGAACAGAGAAGUUGUAUCAAACCUUCCUCUUCAGAUGUCCCUUUUUUUCAACCUGUGGUUCUUUCCUCUGUGGUGGAUCAGUGAAGUAGUGAUGCUGCACCUCAAAUACCCUGUUCUCCCAGACUACUACAAGUUCAUCUUAAUUACCAUCCUAAUUUUAAUGACCCUCAUCGAGGCUAUCAGGCUCUACUUGGGUUACGCAGGGAAUCUGCAAGAAAAGGUGCCUGAACUGGCUGGUUUUUGGCUCCUGAGCCUCCUUCUGCAGUUCCCUUUAACGCUCUUUCAGCUAUUCAAUGAAGCUAUACUCAUUCAACCUUUGGAAAGAGGAGUUCAUAUAGUUCUCGCCUUGUUCAUUCUGGCAGAGGCUCUCUCUGGUUUUGUUGCCCUUCGUGCAAUGGUCAGACACACUGAAAGCCGCUUCCACCUUCGCCAGUUUAAUGGAAUUCAAGAACUUGGAGCAUGACAAGUGGUUCUGCUGCUGAAGAACUGCAUACAUCUUUGAUAUUAUUUGAAGGACCAAAGUGAUCAUUAGUACUGUUCAUCUGAAAUAUUUUGGAGCAUUAUGUCUUUUUUCACCCAAUCAGUUUUGUUUUAUGAGCAGUGCAUCUUGUCAUAGAAUUUUAUAUGCUUAUUUAUGUAUUAUGACUUACUACAGAUGAUAGCCAAAUGCAGAUGGGUAGACUUAGAGUGUAUAUAAAUAGUAACACAAUAUGCUUACUUGAGACUGUAAAAUUGCAACUAGUUUUUGUCCAGAGGGCAUAAAUGCAUUUGUCCUAAAUAUACUUGGCACAGUUUACCAUACAGAAAACAUCAGACCAAGCUAUAUGAUGUCCAUGACACUAACACACCAGUGCCUUUACAUUUAAUAUGUUACAAAGAUAAUCAGUGUUACUGAAAUGGCUGCAGAAGAACAUAAACGCCUGAAAAAUGUACAUUAUGACAUCCGUCUGAUUAGACAGACACCAUAGAGGUUUUGCACAAAACCAAACGUAUGUUCCAGUUCAGGGUGGGAACAUACUCAGGUUCCUAACUUCAUCAACGAUGGUAGACAUUACUACGUAUGUAUUUUGUAUGUCAAAUGAAAUAUGCAUACUCCAAAGUA